AUGGCCUACGAGGGGAACCCGAAGAGCACCUGCGUGCAUCCGGAGUGCAUGGCCCAGGUUGUCAUUGAGGACAUGCAGGAGCAGGAAACGAAGUUCUUGGCAGAGGAGAGUGAGAAGAAGUUGAAGAAUCGCAGGGAGUAUGACAUUGGAUGGCGUAUGGACAGCGUGCCAAAGAGCGCGACAAUUGCAGAGCGCUUGGGCUACAGCCCGGCUCCGCAGGGGCUCGCCAGCCUCGUGUGGGACGAGGCUGCACGAACCGUACGUGUGGCUGCUACCCUGGAGCCAGCGGCUGCGGUCAACUUAGAGUACUUGGUGCUCGCACUCAAGGUGAGACGGCAGGGGCGGCGUGAGCCGCUCUUCUCCCUGGAUCCUGUGGACCCACAGAACAUGGAGAAGACGCCGCAGAAGAAGGUGUUUGAACCAGACUGGCUGGCUGGAACGAGCGUCGGCGAUGUGAUGUUCCAGGCUGACUAUUUCCUGAAGGAGCUCGCGUUAGGCGAGUACACGAUGCCUAUUGUGGGCAUGAUGAGUGUUUUCGACUGGUCCGAAGUACUGGAGAUGCACCACCAGUGGACGGGUCGCGAAUGGUUUGUGGUGAAGAAGGCUGAGGUUCGGCUGGCGGAGGACAAGACUGUGAUCCCGUUCGUUAAGAUGGGCGUGGAGGCUCGCGAGCAGGUGCUUACAGCAGAGGGCCUACGUGAUGCCCCGAUCACCGGCGCCAACCACCCUCUCCGAAGGUUUGCAGAUGCCUUCACCCGCAACUUCGACCUGAUCGCAGAAAGGAAGAGCGUGGUCUUCCACUUGCGCGAGCUUGCAAAGGCCUCCGUCGUCGCCAAGUUCCUGGUGGACUCCGGAGCCAAGCUGGAUCAACGUUGGUUCGACCUGGCCGACGAAAUUGUGGAGAAGAAGGUGCCGGAGGCCUUUCCAGAAAUUCCGCAGCUCUGGAACAUGCGGGGCCUCUCGCGCAUCCGGCUGGAGAACGGCAAGGUCGUCGACACCGAAACGGGCUUAGUCACGAACUUGCACGCCAUCUAUGGCGGCGUUGAGUUCGGCCUGGACCGAUUCGAGUUGGCUCAGCGCCGGCCUGGGAUCCCUGUGCCGGGCAUGGCCAUGCAGCAGGCUGCCAUGCAGGGCAUGCCGGGCAUGCAGCUGGGCCCCUCGGGUCGGCCCAUGUUUAUGCCACAGAGAUUCCAGCUGAGUCAGCGUGGAGAGAUGCCGCAGGGGGUGGACCUAAAUUUGGACCAGUUCAACCUUACGGAAGUGGAGCAGUUUGCUGGCAGCCUCCCUGCCUGCAGCGCAGAUGCGAAGUCCCUGGAAGCACGGGUGACGCUGGGCCGGGCCUUCCUGGAAGGCUUGCGCUCAGGCUUCGGCAAGGAGGUGAGCGAGGAGAAUCAGGAGCUGCUGAAAGGAAUCUUCAACCUUUCUUUGGCCGACAGGACAGAGGAGGCGGAUGCUUUCAUCCCUCCCGACCCCAACAACUCCUACAUCUCCAAGGUCCGGAGCCUCGUCGGUGACGAGCAGGCCCUGCUGAAGAAGCGCAAGGGCGCCUUCUGCGACAAGUCCUUCACCCCCGGGAGCUGCGGCCCUGAGUUCCCACGAUCCUGGACCUCGCGCUUCACCAUGGAGAACGGCGUGUCCCCGGCGGUGAUGAUGAAGCUUCGGUCGGCAAUGGUCCAGCUGCAGGUCGAUCCCACCUUCCAGCAAUCGCUUCUCAACGAUGUCUUGCCUGUUGCAGCUCCCGAGUUCAACAAGGCCACGGAGGACGGCGUGGUCUUCCGCAUCUACCGCAUUGGGAGCCUCGAGGUCCGAACCAUCCAGGAGCCCGGCAAUGCCGAGUCUGUUGCCGUGGUGUUCUCCACCCGCGCACCCACUUGGGGACUUGGGCAGCGGAAAGCGGUGAAAGAGGCACACGGCCAAGAGAAGGUGGUACGCGGGCGCCUCUUCCUCGAGGCCCUCGAUGCCGAAUCAGCCCGGCGAUUGGACAUGAAAUGGGGCAGCAAGAGGUCGGACUACUGCCACUAUUACGUGGUGUUGGAGACAGAGGGUAACAACACCAUAGUGACAGAGAGGCUGGCGGACGGCAGCACCUUCAUGGUUAUGAACCCCGACAGCAUCGAGGACCGCAACUCCAUGGCGAAACUUCUGUCCACGUCGGAAGAUUGCCAAGAGAUGAACAUCGAUGUUGCCAGAAUCAGGCAGCUGCAGAUGACCAACAACCGCAAGCUGCCAGAGGGCGCAUGCCCGUCGGUGCGAAAGCACUAUGCUCGCUCAGUUUUCGCCUUGGUGAAGCAGAAGGUCGUGCACAAGGAGAAGGCGCGCUGGAGUUCCAACCCAGGAGCACAGAAAAGGCCAUACACAACUAGAAAGCCCGCGAAAGCAAAGGAGGAGCCUGUCGCGAAGCCGCAGCAGGAGAGUUGCUAA